AUUUCAUGUCCACUCCAAUGGCUACGAAGAAUCGAGAAUCCGUAUGAGAGAUUUAAGCAAGUUCCAGGAUCCAGCCAGAUCCGGAAACCGCAUACUAAGGGCCAGAAACAAGACAGGUGAGACAAACAUGAACCAAUGCUCUCAAAGCACCCAAGGAACCAUUCGUUCGUCCUUUUCUCGUCUUUAACGACCUCAUGUUGCUACUCCACAACGCCACCACCCGCAUCAUCUUGCCCAGAAAAUCCAGUAUCUUUCAUAGUCAAGAAAUGCAUUUCGCUCUUACAGAACUAUGGCUCUUCCGAACUCAAACUCAGACAAAUCCACGCUUUCUCUCUCAGGCAUGGGGUCCCACUCAACGACCCUGAUAUCGGCAAACACCUUAUUUACAGUCUUGUUUCCCUCUCGACUCCCAUUUCUUACCCUUACAGCAUCUUUUCUCGAAUCCAGAGCUCCAAUGUAUUCAUUUGGAAUACCAUGAUUAGAGGCUAUGCUGAGAGUGAAAACCCAGAGCCAGCCCUCGAAUUAUACCGCCAGAUGCAGGCGUCUUGCAUCGAACCUGAUACUCAUACAUACCCCUUUCUUUUAAAAGCCGUUGCUAAGUUGGCGGACAUAAGAGUUGGUGAAAAUAUGCAUUCCACUGUUAUAAGAAAUGGGUUCGAGUCGUUAGUCUUUGUUCAGAACUCUAUGCUUCAUAUGUAUGCUGCCUGUGGACUCGUCGACAGUGCGUAUAAGAUGUUUGAAUUAAUGCCUGCAAGAGACGUCGUGGCUUGGAAUUCUGUGAUCAAUGGGUUCGCUCUUAAUGGGAAACCUAACGAGGCUUUGACUCUCUUCAGGGAAAUGGGUUUGGAGGGUGUGGAGCCAGAUGGGUUCACUUUGGUCAGUUUGUUUUCUGCUUGUGCUGAGCUUGGUGCUUUGGCAUUGGGUAACAGAAUUCACGUGUAUAUAGUGAAGGUUGGUUUGAGUGAGAAUUUGCAUGUUAAGAAUGCGCUUUUGGACCUUUAUGCAAAGUGUGGUAGCAUUAGAGAGGCAAAGAAAGUAUUUAAUGAGAUGAAGGAAAGGAAUGUUGUUUCUUGGAGUUCUUUGAUUGUUGGAUUGGCUGUCAAUGGCUUUGUUAAGGAAGCACUUCAGCUUUUCAAGGAGAUGGAAAGAAAGGGAUUGGUGCCUAGUGAAGUUACUUUUGUUGGGGUUCUCUAUGCUUGUAGUCAUUGCGGGAUGGUUGAUGAAGGUUUCGAUUAUUUUACGAGGAUGAAAGAGGAAUAUGGUAUUUUGCCCAAGAUAGAACAUCAUGGUUGCAUGGUUGAUCUGUUGAGUAGGGCUGGCUUGGUAAAGGAGGCAUAUCACUACAUCCAAAACAUGCCAUUGCAGCCUAAUGCUGUUAUUUGGAGGACAUUGCUCGGAGCAUGCACCACAUAUGGCCAUUUGACUUUAGGAGAGUAUGCAAGAGCUCAAAUUUUACAGCUGGAACCUGGAUGUAGUGGUGACUACGUGCUCCUCUCGAACCUAUAUGCAUCAGAGCAACGCUGGUCUGAUGUGCACAUCUUGAGGCGAAAAAUGCUUAGGGAAGGGGUGAAGAAAGUACCAGGUUAUAGCCUUGUAGAGUUGGGCAAUCAUGUGUACGAAUUUGUCAUGGGCGAUAGAUCUCAUCCUCAAAGUGAGGAAAUCUAUGCAAUGCUAGCAGAAAUCACAAAGAGGUUAAGAUUAGAAGGUUAUGCUCCCCAUACAGCCAAUGUGCUUGCUGAUAUAGAGGAAGAAGAAAAGGAGAAUGCUUUGUCUUACCAUAGCGAGAAGAUUGCAAUUGCUUUCAUGCUGCUUAAGACAGCACCAGGUACCCCAAUCAGGGUUGUGAAGAAUUUGAGAGUUUGUGCAGAUUGUCAUAUGGCCAUUAAGCUUCUAUCAAAAGUUUUCAAACGAGAGAUUAUCAUCAGGGAUCGAAGUAGGUUUCACCAUUUCAGAAACGGUUCUUGUUCUUGUAUGGAUUACUGGUAGUCGAAUUCAAGGAUUCUAUUCAAAAUCUCAGAUACUGAUAAGCAACGGAAUGCAAUUCAGGUACAGAGAUGAAGGUGAAUGUUCGAACUUGAAAUGGCAGAGUUUGCUCACUUGCACUGCCCUCGCUCUGUGCAUGGUAAAAACCCAAACUUGAAUUCCACCAUUGUUAUCAGUAAGCAACAGAGCAGUUUUAAGUUAGUUAUCCAAUUUUUCUCUGUUCCAUUGUCCCUCACUCUUAAACACUCAUGCGCAAACAUUUGGUUUACCUGGUUGAUGGAUGUACUCUAUUAUUUA